ACCUCACAAUCUACACAGCAGCCUUGAAGGAAAAGACGCCAGACUUCAGACGUCUCUCUCCUCGGUGGGCACCUCAUUCUAACCCUGGCACCCCCUUCGCACGCUUCCCCUCCACCAUCCCCACCCCCGACCUCCCAGGGCAGAAGGGCGAGAGGGGGCAGACUCUAUGAGUCACCUCCCAGGCCUGGAGUUGAGGAGGGAAGCGCCGCCUCUCCUUGGGCCGCUUCUCUCCCCCUUUCCCCUCCCUGCUGGUUCCUGGCAUCGCCAGAUGCUGCGCAGCAGUCUCCGAUUCCCCAUCACCAAUUCGGCUGGGGCGCCCUGCAAGGCCGCAGGCAGGAUGAACAUUCUGGCACCCGUGCGGAGGGAUCGCGUCCUGGCGGAGCUGCCCCAGUGCCUGAGGAAGGAGGCCGCUUUGCACGGGCACAAAGACUUCCACCCCCGCGUCACCUGCGCCUGCCAGGAGCACCGGACAGGCACCGUGGGAUUUAAGAUCUCCAAGGUCAUUGUGGUGGGGGACCUGUCGGUGGGGAAGACUUGCCUCAUUAAUAGGUUCUGCAAAGACACCUUUGAUAAGAAUUACAAGGCCACCAUUGGAGUGGACUUCGAGAUGGAACGAUUUGAGGUGCUGGGCAUUCCCUUCAGUUUGCAGCUUUGGGAUACCGCUGGACAGGAGAGGUUCAAAUGCAUUGCGUCAACCUACUAUAGAGGAGCUCAAGCCAUCAUCAUUGUCUUCAACCUGAAUGAUGUGGCAUCUCUGGAACAUACCAAGCAGUGGCUGGCCGAUGCCCUGAAGGAGAAUGACCCUUCCAGUGUGCUUCUCUUCCUUGUAGGUUCCAAGAAGGAUCUGAGUACCCCUGCUCAGUAUGCGCUGAUGGAGAAAGACGCCCUCCAGGUGGCCCAGGAGAUGAAGGCUGAGUACUGGGCAGUCUCAUCUCUCACUGGUGAGAAUGUCCGAGAAUUCUUCUUCCGUGUGGCAGCACUGACCUUUGAGGCCAAUGUGCUGGCUGAGCUGGAGAAAUCGGGGGCUCGACGCAUUGGGGAUGUUGUCCGCAUCAACAGUGAUGACAGCAACCUCUACCUAACUGCCAGCAAGAAGAAGCCCACAUGUUGCCCAUGAGGGCUGAGGAGACUGUUCAGAGACUGCCCAGCCCUAGGGCACUGUGCCACCCUCAUUCCUCCAGAGCUUGACCCCUGGACAUUUGCACUGACUUUAUCCAGACCAAAGAGCUGCCUCUUGGUGGCAGUAUUCCCACAGAGGGGUAGCUGGGACCAUGCUAGUCACUUCCUGCCCCCAGGCACCGUGCCAAAGACUGGAUGCCCCCUACUCCUCAGGGGACUGUCCAGGGCACCCAGUGGUAGUGAGGGAGAGUGUCUCUGUUCUUUUGCUCAGCCUGCUGGGCCCUUUGUGUUUGAGGAUGCUUAAUGAUUCCAGCCUCUCACUGUGCCUUAUGCAUUAAAAUUUCUUUGUUACGAGCA